UCACUAGUGACGUGUUCGUUUUGAUGUGUAGUGUUUUUGCGGCUGGUCUUGUGGACCGGGUGGUUUUCUUGUAAUUCUCCUCGUUUAUUAGGAAAAAUAGCAAUAAUAAGUAGUUUCCCAGUUCGCAAGGAUUGCUGUCGACGUUCUUCAAGCUGAAUAAUGGCAGGAUAUGGAAAUAAUGAUUAUCAAUGGGGUCAGGGUCCACCGGGAGCCGACGCAAGUUACAAUUUUGAGGUGCCAGACUUCGGGAAUGAUCUAAACUUUCAGACUUUCGAUAACUCGCAACAGAAUGUUCCACCAAAUUACAACAGUCCCACAACAUAUGGCGGAGACUCUAGCGUACGGUCCUACUACGAUCCGACGUCCUACUCAGAUAAUAUAUAUAAACCCAACGAUCCUGGUUCGAAUUAUGGAGCACCCAAUACUGAUUUUGAUGAUGAACCACCACUGUUAGAAGAGCUAGGAAUCAAUCCAAACCACAUCGUACAAAAGACUCUUGCAGUGUUGAACCCCUUCCGAACAACUGACCAGGAUAUUUGCCAGGACACCGACAUGGCAGGGCCGCUGGUCUUCUGCCUCGCCUUAGGAGGAUUUCUGCUGCUGAGUGGCAAAGUUACGUUCUCCUAUAUUUACGGGAUCGGAGUGGUUGGCUGCAUCGCAUUCUACUGCCUCCUGUCGCUGAUGGCCACACAGGCUCAAGUCACAUUCGGUGCAGUUGCAUCUGUCCUGGGCUACUGCCUGCUGCCGAUGGUCGUCCUUUCCGGGAUUAAUGUUCUCAUUACCAUACAAGGAACAUUGGGAACAAUUGUGGCUGGCAUUUCAAUACUGUGGUGCGCUAUGUCGGCAUCCAAACUUUUCGUUACCGCAUACGCAAUGGACCAUCAACAAGUUUUGAUUGCUUAUCCGUGUGCGCUGCUUUAUGGAGUUUUCGCUCUGAUCACAAUCUUUUGAGCUUGGAAAAAUGAAAACAGAAACCAAAAAUGCAUAAAUUGGUAGAAAAAAAUUGUGAAAAAUGUUAACAUGUAAAUGAUAAAUAAAGAAAGGCGUCAUGCAUUUUUACCAACUCUAGUAAA